AUGUUCAGAGUUGGUUCUAUUACAGCUUUAAAGAGGAGCUUCUACUCUUUAAGGAGCCUUUCAUAUUCCAAACGUGCUUAUAACUAUCAGAGCAUUCCAAGAUCCAGAGUCCCAUUUUCAGUUUUGAUCGGUUUGGCAUGCUUAUCUGGAUACUCUUAUUCUACUCUUUCCAGUGAUUCAAAGAAAGAUAUCGAGAAUACUGUUUCUGUUGACAAGUCAAUUGAUCCAUUUCCAACUCAUUUGAAUAACAAGGGAAACUCAUUAUCGAGUUCUGAAUUCCAAUUAUUGGGGUAUGGUGUGAGAAGUGUUACGUUCUUGAACUUCAAAGUCUAUGGAAUCGGUCUAUACAUAGCUAAUGAUGAUAUUAAUAUAGCAAAGAAUGUGUUACACCGUGUUCAAAAUGUCAGCAGUCUUAGUCUAAAGGAUUCCCUUUUGGAUCCUGUUGAGUCAAGUCUAAUUAUUGAACAAUUGAUUGAUGAGGGAGUUAGAUUUGCUGUCAGGAUAUCUCCUGUCAGAAAUACGGACUUCAAUCACUUAAGGGAUGGAUUGAUUAAAUCAAUUUUGGCACAUCCGAAGAGCAAAGAGGUUAGAGAGUCUGUCAGUAGCGGAUUAGACGAAUUAAGAAACGCAUUCAGUGGGCGUAAGGGAUCCGUGCCAAAAAAUCAUGUAUUAUAUUUGGAAUGUCUGCCUUCUAAAAGACUCAAGGUCGCAUAUUUCAAUCCAGAUAAAGACACUGGUGUUAUUAUGGGUACUGUCAAUAACCCUAUUGUUAGUAAGCUUUUAUUUUUGCAGUACUUAAGUGGAAAGAAACCCUUGAGCGAGCCAUUAAGACAAAGCUGCGUUGAUGGUUUUCUUGGUCUCUAA